UAGCGCAGCCGACACCGACACAAGGCUCCGGGGUCGGACUUGGGGCUAGCGCGCCCGAAGGCCUUCGCCCCAACUGAUCCCGGGUGGGGAACGGCGCCGCGCUGGGCCGCCGGACGGGUGGGCUCCGAGCAGGGUGCACGCCUGGCUGCAGCACCCUCUCAAAAUCGCACGACCACUCUACUCUCUAGGAUGGGAUAACCCCUCCCCCCAUGCCCUUCACUCAGCGGUGCACACCGCCUUGAGCACGCAGACGCUCUCAGGGCGCAGACCCACAACAUGGCAGGCUCACAAUCAAGUCCCGUGAGACCCUAAGAGCCAGGCUCAGCACAUUAACAGGGCCAGCCCUGGACACAUACAUACAUACAUACAUACAUACACACACACCCUCUCCAGAAAUGCACAGGACCCCCACCAGGCCGCGGGCCAGGAAGGCCCCUAGUCCUACAGAAUAGGCACACAUAAAUGACUACCAGUGGAGAUGAACACACAGCUUGAUAUUUUGUCCCCACCGGAGGAACUAUCCACAUUUAUAUACUUGUCCAUAAAUGCAGAGGCCUUGGUGUGGGCCUCCUGGGACAGCACCAACAAAACACCAGGUGGAAGCAUACACAGAAGAAACACAUUCCUGAAACUCCAGAGGGACAGUCCCAGAGACUCCUCCCUGGUGUUCAAAAAUUCAAAACUCAGGAGACAGAAGAGCCAGCCCUCAGACUCCUUUUGGAAAAACCUUUCUGAAACAAAGACAUAAAUUAAUUUAAAACCAAAGAAAUCUCAUCACAGAACUAGCCAUAAAGAGAAAAAAGAAUCAGACAAACUGUGGAGUCAGGGAGACAUAGAUAUAAAGCAAGCAGAGCAGGCCAGUGAGAAAAUAGGCCCACCCCCACCUCAGGGAGGUUCCAGGGAAGAACCCCACCCCCACUCCAACCAGGUCACAAUGGCUGGAGCUCUGAAGGGCCCAGGCACCCUGAGCCAGGAGGAGAGGAAGAAGUCCAAGGAAAGAUGGCUGGCAGUCACCCCUACUUCAACCUGCCCGACUUCGCCCAGCCAUCGCCACCCUCUACUCCGCCCAGCCUCCCCUCGCUCCAGUGCUGCCAGCCCUCUGAUGCCACCAAGGGUCUGCUUGUGGCCCUGCUAGGUGGGGGCCUGACCGCUGGCUUUGUGGGCCCCUUCUCCCGUAUGGCUUACCAGACUUCCCACUUACCCUCACUGGAGCUGCUCAUCUGUCGAUGCCUCUUCCACCUUCCCAUUGCUCUGCUACUUAAACUGCGUGGUGACCCACUGUUGGGACCUCCUGAUGCCCGGGGCCGGGCCUGCCUCCACGCUCUACUCAACGUCCUCAGCAUUGGAUGUGCCUAUAGUGCUGUUCAGAUGGUGCCUGCUGGCAAUGCUGCCACCGUCCACAAAGGUUCUUCCACCAUCUGCUCUGCUCUCCUUGCCCUCUGCCUUGAGAGCCAGGGUCUCAGCGGCUAUGACUGGUGUGGCCUGUUGGGCAGCAUCCUGGGACUAAUCAUCAUUGUGGGACCUGGACUAGGGACACUGCAGGAGGGGACCACGGGCCUCUACACCGCCAUGGGUUAUGUGCUUGCUUUUCUGGGCGGACUAGCACUAUCGCUGGGGCUUCUGGUAUAUCGUUCCCUGAACUUCUCCUCCUGCCUGCUGACAGUGGCCUUCCUGUUUGGCUUGGUGGGGCUGGUGGGCUCCGUACCAGGCCUCUUUCUGCUGCAGACCCCUGUGCUGCCCAGUGAUCCUCUGAGUUGGAGCUGUGUCGGAGCAGUGGGGACCCUCACUCUGGUCUCCUUUGCGUGUGUGAGCUAUGCGGUCACCAAAGCUCACCCUGCCCUGGUGUGCGCUGUCCUGCACUCUGAGGUGGUGGUGGCCCUGAUACUGCAGUAUUAUGUGCUCUAUGAGACCGUGGCACCUUCUGACAUCAUGGGGGCAGCGGUUGUGUUGGGUAGCAUUGCCAUCAUCACUGCCAAGAACCUCAGCUGUGAGAGGGAAGCGCAGGUGGAGGAGUGAGAUCAUCUUGAGAGGCUGAGGGUUGGGGAGGGGGGCAGAAGUAAAUAGGAGAGAAUGGAAUACAAACAUGGGAGAACAAGUGACUGGAAAAGAACUGGUGUGGGAGAGGGACAGCCCUUGGAGUCAAGGGUAACUUGGUGGAUUUGGUGGAGGGGGACUGCCUACAAGAUCUGCAAUAAGCCUGGGGACCAAUAGAUGUGGAGUCCUGGCUGGGGCUUGGGGAUGAGGGCACAACUCAGGGGUGAGGUCUGAGGAGCAGAUGACAGCGGCUGGAGCAGGCAGGCCAUGAGCCUCUGGAGGAUUUUUCCCUCCACAUCAGAGAAGAGUAUUGGGGCUGGAGUGUUUGGCGCUUUCAGGCAAACAGAGCAAGCAGCUGCGCUGGGGGAAGGGAAUCUGCCUUUUUUUCCUUGAGUGAGGUUGUUGUUCCCCCCCUACCCCCAUCAACUUGGGGUGGCGAGGUGACAUUGACAUCAAACAAGGAUCACUCUGAAUGUGUCUGUGUAGUUGGUGUUAUCUCUGCUUUGGAAGGAUAGUGGAAGUCCUACCACGCAUAAUGGAGAUUACCUUGGGAUCCACCCCCUCCAUCUUAUUGCUGAAAUAAUCUAGAAGGGGGAGGAUUUCCAAACGUUCAGAUGCCUUGACCCUGAAUACUCCAGGGCCCGCCCCAUGGCUAAUCUGUUUUUCCUGGAUUGUUGUGGUCCCGUGAUCUUUCUCCCGGACAGCGGCCGGCAGCCAGCCUCCUUCCGGAGUAGGCCUCUGAGCUGAGGUCUCUUCGAACGGCUCAGGCCAGAGAUCCAGGACCAGAGUUCCGUACGGCGCUCCAUUAGAGGCCAGGAGAUGCCCAACCGUCCCAGGAGGCCGCUCGACAAACAUCAGCUACUUCCGGACAAGCACUAAGCCUCGCCAUCUUGAUCCGUGAAUGCAUAUUCAGCGCUAUUACUGCAUAUUCAUGACUAAGGACGGCCCCAGCACUCCCCACUCCGGGAACCCACUUGGGACUACCCGACUGACCCCGCCUCCCUCAUUACUAAUUCGCAGAACAGACCAUUUUCCAGCGAGGGGAGGAGGAUAUUAAUGACUUUUGCUGAAGAUUAAAACACACUCCACAUUAGAAUAAAAGCGGCCUGUAUUUACCCUCGAUCCUUCAAACCUUCAAAUCUUAAACCUCAGUACGGGAGAGAGCAGCGAUGGGAGGUGGCCAGAUAAAAAUUCCCCUCCCCCCCGUCAUUUCAAAAGGUCGCUCAAUGAGGGAGUCGAGGAGGGAGGAGCAACGACUCCAGCGCGCGCCCGUGCAGGCCGGCACAGGCGGCCCCGUAGCGCAAGGGAGGGCGGGAAAGGAAGGGGC